AGCAAGCAUUCGAGGGCUUAAAAAAUGCGGGAAGAAAAGUCCGAAGACCUGACUGCACGUUGGCGACAGUCGAUCAUGUUCGUGGUGAAUUGCUCCGAGAUGCGAGGUCGCAGCUAACAGUAACUUCCAGAACGUCCCCACCUCAUCCCGAAAAAACUUCAAGACCGUCGCUGAGUUCAUCCGCGAGCCCGACUCGAGAAUACAAUCCGUCACCCUGGAGCAAAAUGUCAAAGACUUCGAGCUCACCUAUUUCGGUCUCGGAGACAAGCGGCAAGGGAUCGUGCACAUCAUCGGGCCGGAGCAAGGAUUUACUCUUCCGGGCACGACGGUCGUCUGCGGUGACAGCCAUACCUCCACCCACGGAGCAUUCGGUUCGCUUGCUUUCGGGAUCGGAACCAGCGAGGUCGAGCAUGUUCUCGCUACGCAGACGCUCAUCACACGACGGAGCAAGAACAUGCGAAUCCAGGUGGACGGGGAGCUCACUCCGGGCGUGACGAGCAAGGACAUCAUUCUCUACGUUAUCGGAGUUAUCGGGACAGCUGGUGGUACCGGUUGCGUAGUGGAAUUCUGCGGCUCGGCGAUACGUGGAUUGAGUAUGGAAGCCCGUAUGUCCUUGUGUAAUAUGUCCAUCGAGGGCGGUGCUCGCGCGGGGAUGGUGGCACCGGACGAGACGACGUUUGACUACCUCCGAAAUCGUCCGUUGGCUCCGAAGCCGGAUAGUGCCGAAUGGAAUAAGGCGGUUGCGUACUGGACGAGUCUCAAGUCGGAUCCGGACGCGAAAUACGAUAUUGACCUUUUCAUCAAGGCAACGGACAUCAUCCCAACAGUCUCAUGGGGAACUUCGCCGCAAGACGUUGUGCCCAUCACGGGAGUGGUGCCAGGUCCUGACGAUUUCGAAGAUCAGUCUCGGAAAAAUGCGUGCAUUCGCUCUUUGGAGUACAUGGGUCUCACAGCCGGAACACCGAUACAGGAUAUCACGCUCGACAAGAUCUUCAUUGGUUCCUGCACAAAUGCUCGGAUUGAAGAUCUCCGUGCCGCCGCCGCCAUCGUUAAAGGCAAAAAGAUCGCCUCAAAUUUGAAGCUCGCCAUGAUCGUUCCCGGCUCGGGUCUCGUGAAGCGGCAAGCGGAAGGUGAAGGCCUGGACCAGAUCUUCACCGACGCUGGCUUCGACUGGAGGGAGGCAGGAUGCUCCAUGUGCUUGGGCAUGAAUCCCGACAUCCUCUCCCCCGGUGAGCGCUGUGCGAGCACCUCAAACCGAAAUUUCGAGGGCCGCCAAGGUGCAGGCGGAAGGACUCAUUUGAUGUCUCCAGCAAUGGCAGCAGCAGCAGCUCUCACGGGGAAGCUGACAGAUGUACGGAGCAUCGCCGGGUUCGACGCUAAGGCUGCUCCGAUCAAGGCCACGGUCGAGGUGGACGAGCCGGCACACAUGGCGGACAUCGAGUCGGACGGUGAUCUAGACCGAAUCAUCGACGACCCCCAGACCCCCGAGGAGGACAAAACCGCCGCACCGCGCUCGUCCGCUGGGAUGCCUAAGUUCCUUCAGCACAAAGGCAUCGUCGCCCCAAUGGAGAUCUCGAAUAUCGACACCGAUGCCAUCAUCCCCAAGCAAUUCCUCAAAACCAUCAAACGCUCCGGCCUCGCAGUCGCUCUCUUCCAUGCCUGGCGGUAUGAUCCGAAAACUGGCGCAGAAAAUCCAAACUUUAUCCUCAAUAAGGAGCCGUACCGAAACUCGAAGAUCUUGGUGUGCACGGGCGACAAUUUCGGCUGCGGAAGCAGUCGAGAACACGCGCCUUGGGCUCUCCUCGACUUCGGCAUCAAAUGCGUCAUCGCCCCGAGCUACGGCGACAUCUUCUACAACAACUGCUUCAAGAACGGCAUGCUGCCGAUCCGGAUACCCGACGCCGUCGUCCUCGCUCGCAUCGCUGCGGAGGCGUCCGCCGGCAAGGAGAUCGAGGUCGAUCUGCCCAACCAAGUCAUCAAGGACGCGGAUGGCAACGCGCUCGCGCAGUUCGAGGUGGAGAGCUUCCGGAAACACUGCUUGGUGAACGGGCUGGACGACAUCGGAUUGACGAUGCAGGUGGAGGAUCAGAUCAAACGAUUCGAGGGGCGGAGAACUCGGGACUAUCCGUGGUUGGAUGGACGGGGGUACUUGAAGAGGAAGGGAAUCGGAGGCGCGACCAUGAUCGAGGCACUGCCAGUGCCCAAGACAAACCGGGGGGAAGUGAAGAAGGAGCCGUUAGAAUGGUAGAAGGACAGGGGGGAUAUCUUUUGCUUUUCUGCCAAUUCUAGCGUUCAUGAUCACGGCCAUCUUAGCUACAGCGUGGGAGGGGGACCGUCCUGGAAAUACCGACCAGUGCACCAGCAUUAGCUCUGCAGUUACAUUUCGUUGCGAUACUGAGGACUAUUAUGACUCUUCUGUGCAUUGGCUUCUCUCCGGCGUCUCAGCUUACCGUCCCGUAGAAAGAGUAAAGCCCGUUAAA